AUCAAGAAAAACUAUUUUGCGCAUUGAGUCACAAUAUUUUUAGCAUUUUCAUGACAAUAUAACGAUUAAUGUGCUAUUAUUUUAAUCUGGUUUCUUCAUAAAAUGAAGGAAUUAAAAGAAAACGAAACAGGCAGUCAACCAGAUGAGUUCAGUGUUGAAGUCGUACGUAAAUGCGUCAGUAAUUUUAACAUUGACAAUUCAUGGGAUCAAAAUAUCUGUACACUAGAUUCCAAAAAUGCUGAAAUUAAUAAAACCCCACCAUAUGAAGCAAUGAUAAUCGAUGAAAGCGUAACGGAGAACAGCAACAGAAGAGAAGUUUCGGUACAGACCGAACCUAAUGAAAAUAAUAAGGAUAGCAUAGACGAUGUGUUUUACUCGUUAAACGCUGAAAACCAACUAGAUGGUUGCUUAAAUGACAAUUCUGAACAUUCGUUAGGUGGAAAACGCAUACGACGUGAUUCAUACGAAGACAGAAGCCAAAUCAGACCAUGCAAGAAGGGAAAAUGUACUUCGAGUGUGAAUGACAUAUCAAUAGUGAUAUCUAGGGCAUCUUCAGAAUCAGAAACAUCUUUCAAAUCUAUCAAAAGCAAUUACUCGUACAAAGUGAGGAAGAAACGACGAAAGUCUGAUUCUAAUCUUUUCAGAGACGUCCUUCAAAGGUCAAAGAAAACUCCGAACUUAACCAAAAACGGUAAUGAAUAUACUCCUGGCCCUGUUGCAGGCACUCCUAGGACGAGUCGACGAAGCAAUCGGACGAAAGUUGGGCGACUAAUGGAAAUUUGUACAUGGAUUGGAAAGAAGGGGUAUCAAUCCCUUACUGGUUUGUACAGCGAUAUUCUGCAAGAUCCAAUAAAUCACUAUGAAGCAGAAGAAAACCUUAAGAAAAAAGAAGAAAAUACUAAAAACGAAUUAGAGGAAGUCAAAACAGAAAUGAAAAAGUUUUUCGAAGAAGUAAACCUGAAGCAUUCGCAUUUGGCGAACGAAAAUGAAUAUUUACAAAAAGAAAUAAAAAGGAUGGCAUCAAAAAUAGAAGAACUGGAAAUCAAAAUAAGCCAGCAACAGACUCAGCCCAAGCCUCAGUGCGCCCCGCCUCCACCACCGCCCCCGCCUCCGCCCCCACCACCCCCGCCGCAGCCCGCGAAGCUGACGCGCGCACACACGCUGCCCCGUAGCAGCUCAAGUCAGCAACGCGCUAGUGCCCGACUGACCAUCACGCCUGAGGAUAUCGCCAACGUCAAAUUGAGGAAGACAAAGGAUAAUCCUGUUCGACCGAAACCGACGCAGAAGGAGAAACAACCCUUCAUCUCGCAGCAUUUACUAGAAGCGACGAGGGCCAAAUUAGGCCGGAACAGACCUGUCGCUGCGUCCACGCCGAAGCAGCAACUGUCGGAAUUAGAGAAGUGCCUCCUGCAAGAGACGUCAGUGACGACGCUAUACCGGCGCCGCGUGACGCGCGGUACCUGUCGCAGCGCGGACGAACUGCGAGCGCGACCGUACCCUGCUGCUAGGUCGUGUCGCUCGCCGUGCUCACCCAAAUCGCCGCGAUCUAACUCCAUGUCUCGAGUACCCAGCUCCCCACUCAAAUUCCCUUUAGUGCUACCUCCGUAACACAGUCCGAUAGAAGUUAAUAGUCGUUUUCGUUUGGUUUUUACUGCGCAUAUAUAGCGUAUUGCACAUGUGCAAUGGUAAAAAUUAGUGUCAGUGCCAUGUGUUAUAAUCUGACAGUAACUGAGAAUACGGCUACUAUUUCUCGAAGGUUUUUACGAGAACUAUCCAUAUGUGGUUGAAAUAAAGGUCCUACAAGUGAAAUAACUGAACGCA